UAUUUUCGAUGUUGAGGUCGUUCAGCUGCUGCUGGGGCUGUGUUAAAAGCAGAUCAGUGGACUGCUGAAACUCCGGUAAGAAGGCUUGCAGCUGGUCCAGCAGUGGACUCCUUGCUACCUGUGAAGCAGGACUGAUGCGGCUGAGCAGAUCUGCUGUAUACACCAUGUUGCAGACUCGGGCCCAGAAAGAUCGUGUCAUCGCUUCCCUCCCACCACCAUUCAUCAGACAGGCCAGCCCACACACCCAUGACGACUUCCACGAGGAGGUAAAGAAUGCAGCCAAUGGGGACCACAUGCUGCAGGCAGGCCUCAAGAUCUCCAAGAUGAUUGUGUUGGGAGAUGUGGCCACUGGCAAGACCUGCCUUGUUAACAGGUUUUGUCACCAAGUGUUUGAUGCCAACUACAAGGCAACCAUUGGUGUAGACUUUGAGGUGGAGAGAUUUGAUAUCCUCGGUAUCCCCUUCAAUUUACAAAUUUGGGACACGGCUGGGCAGGAGAGAUUCAAGUGCAUCGCUGCCUCAUACUAUCGGGGUGCCAGUGCGGUGAUGAUCGUAUUUGACGUGACCAACAUCGUGACAUUAGCCCACACCUCCCAGUGGCUGGAGGAAGCACGGCAGGCCAAUGCUGACCGCCUCACCCCCGUGGUCUUCCUGGUGGGGACAAAACGAGAUCUGAUGAGUGAGGGUGCCUAUGACCAGAUUGAGAAGGAGGCCCGCCGUGUGGCACAGGGUCUUGGAGCAGAGUAUUGGGCAGUGUCCUCCAAAACAGGAGACAACGUGGAAGCUCUGUUCCUACGUGUUGCAGCACUCACCUUUGAUCAUUCAGUGAUGCAGGAGCUGAGCAGUGGUUCCUCUGAUAGGCGUAAACAGUCCACUGUCAAGAUUGGCCACCGGUUGGAGGACACCUUUGAGGGACACAAGAAAAACAAAUGUGCAUCAUGUGGGAAGUAACAACUUGGUCCUAAGUUGGUGGGGCCAAAGGGCUUUGUCACAUGCUUUAAGUCCAUUUCACAUACUGCAAGCAUUGAAAGCACGACAAAGUUUCUUUUCUUACCAAAGUCCAGGUAUGUGAUGUUUCAGUUGAUUUUUUAUGUUGAAUCACUAAUAGUUGAUGAAUCUCAUGGUUUCACGAAUAUUAAGUUCAUUAGUUCUCUGUUGUCAUGGUUAUUUCUAACUUGAGUGGAUUGGAAUCACAAUGCGGACCAAAGUUUUGCAGCUUUAUACACUGUGGCCAGGAUACAAGAGUCAGUUUACUCUUGGUAAUAAGAAUAAUGUUUCAGUAUUCCAUGUAGGUGUUCAUGAAAAUUUGUUGGUUAGAUAAAAUAUGGUUGUGAGCAGCAGCAAACCUCCCCUCUCUUAUGUGGCAGCCUCCCUUUGGUGCUGAGGGAAGAUGUGGUUGUGAAUAUGCAUGAUUGAUUUCCUCAUUAGGUGGAGACAAGACACCAAAACACAACUGACACCUAGCUAGAGGCAGCCCUUGAGAAAACGUAUAUUGCUUCUUAAUGCUGAUGCUGCCACCACAUGUUGUACAAUGAAUAGUGCACAACGCCCUUGUCUAUCAGUCAUGCAGCCACUGCUUUAGGGACCUUGUGCCUUGUCUAGCCAGGAGGCCCCAGUAGUACAACCACUUGCAAGUCACUCUUGCAGUAGGAACUCACAGACUUGGCUCACCAGCAGUUUAUGUUACUCUUCUGCUAUGCUUUCAGGCAAGUGGCUUUGAUGUUGCUCAUCCUUGCACGAGACAAUCUUCACUUUGACAGGCAGAACUCUUUAUUGCUUAUAGUACGUCAUCACUUGCAAUGAAAUUUCAUAUACAUAUACAGAAAUGCUUUAUUGUUUUUUGACACACCUUGAAUAUAAUGUAUGUUAUAUUGCUCCACAUGUGAGAAAAUGGCUUGGAACAAAAUUUGUAGUGAGCAUUUACUUUUACAAUGAAAGGAGUAAUCAUAUUUAUUUGUAUGGUGGUUAAUAUCAAAGGACCAAUUAUGUGUGUAUGUGGUUUGCACAUAUGUUAGGAAUAAGUGUCUAUGUAUGUUUUUGUUUAGUUCUCCCAAGGCAAAACAUUUUUUUUCUACAUUUUCUUUGAAGAGGUGAUAGUUUUAUUGAUAUAGUUGAGCUAUUGGAGCUGUUUGAUAUUAUGUUUUAGAUGAAGGAUUUUCUCUAAUUUUGUGAGAAUUUUUUUGGUUUGACAGGAUUUUAUAACACCAGGUGAAACUUUCUGGCAUGUUUGUUUGAGGCCUUGUGUAUGCUCACAACAUAAAGCAAGGCUUGAUACUUAACAAAGAGUUACUUCAUUUUAUUUUGUAUGGAAAAAGGAAUUUGAAGAAGACUAAGAUUAUGAGGAAAAGCCAGUAACGGAAGUAGGUGGUGGCAUGUACAUAGUCCUAAUCAUGGAGCACAUGUAUUUUUUGCUCAGGAGAUAUUCAAGCUGGCUUCUUUCAUCAAACCUGUCAUACUGCAGUACCUUGUGUGUCAUGUCACUGGAGCAUGAGUUGAGUCCUUAAGCAGUCCUUAACUAGAAAAGUUUGCAUGGUGACUGUCAUGGGUCAGGAGGACCACUCAUGAGUGUAUAACCUUGCUGCAGCUACACUGUUGAUAUUUGGAAUUGGAUUUUUGAAGGCUAAAUGAGGUUUAUUAUUUUAUUUAUUUAUUUGUUUAUUGUUAUUGUUAUUAUUUAUUUAUUUAUUUUAUUUUAUUAUUUAUUUAUUUAUUUACUUAUUUAUUUUUUGCAAAUGCUGGCAGUAACAAACUUUAAUGCUGCACUGUUUCAAGUUUUACUUAGGAUAAAGGCACAAGAAUAUACCAUACAUAGAUUAGAUAAAGAUGUGCUUUGCUUAGCCUUAUUUUGUCCAUGAUACUUUGGAACAGAUAUUAAGUAAUGUAUUCAUUUGGCUAAAUGAAGGAACAAAGUUAAACAGUCAAUGCUGUGAAAAUCAAAGGGAUAAAAUUAAGUUGUUUUAGAAUUUUGAAGAGCUUUCAGUGGAAAUUUUUAUGAAAAAAAUGCAAAGGAGGUUAAUGAAGGAGAUAUUAUGAGUGUGAAUUGCUUCAAAUACUUGUGGUUACUUUGAUGUAAACAUGGUAGGAAAAUACUUUGAUAUUAUAAAAAUAAGAUUGAGUUCAAGAAAAUAAAAAUGUUGAGGUUCUUGGAAGGGUACAUUGCUGCCCUGCAUGCUGCUGUGGGAAGUGGACAGUAAGGGUUAAGUUAGUAGAAAUAUCCUGCCUCCAAGUGGCUAUUGGAGUAAGAAGAAUGAAAGAUUAAAUGGAGAUGUUAUGAACUGCUGCAUAAUUAAUAGCCGAGUUCAUUGUGAAAUUUGUUGACUUGAUGAUGAUUGCAUAAACAGUUGUUGAAUAGAAAAGACUGUAGCUUGAAAUUUCAUCCAUGCCAAUGUUACCAAUAUGAAUCUGAAUCUCAUAGUGACUAACAUAUUUAAUACCAGUACUCUGAACAUGAGAGAAACUCGGCUCAUGAUUGUCAUCAGUACAUUCUAAACGCUCAUGAUUGUCAUCAGUACAUUCUAAACCAGAGUUUCAUGCAAGUGUAGCUGGAAUGUAAAUAUGUUGUAUUUUAUAUGCAUGUACUGAAGUUUGAUGUAAUUAAAACAUAUCAUAAUGACACUGUGGCUUCCAUGUACGUGAUCACAAUUAUAUAUUUUGUACUUUUCAGUUCAGCAAAACAUGUUAACACCUAAUUUUGUUAUGCUUAACAGUAUUGAAUGUAAUUUUAGAAAAUGGCAUUAAUAAAUUUCAACUGGCAUGUUUUAGCUGUAAAUGUGAAGUAAGUCUUACAUAACAAACACAAUGUAUGGCACUAAGUGUAUAAAGGAAUCAUUCAUUCAAGGAAACACUUUUGUAUCUGCAUGAUUGCAACUUAUUUUCUUUUUCUUUACCCUACUGAUAUUCAACAGGCUUGCACAUAUUUCUUAAUAUAAUGUUAAGGAUUUGUUCCCCUUUUUUUCAUAAGGGAACUUGCAUAUAAUUCAUUAGAUGAAAACAUAGGCAAGCUUUGUGCAGCUUGCUUAGAAACACAGCUUCACAUUGUGCUACUUAUGUCAGCUGCGCACGAACUUGAUUAUGUUAUUGGAAGUUGUUGUGAUAAACCGAACAGGUUGAGAAUCCCUUAUCUGGAAUGCCUGGGAUCUGAAGUGCUCCAUAUUCAGAAUUUUUUGAAUUCUGAAACACCACUACUAAAGUGGAGUUAUAUUCUAGUUGUGAAUUGAAGGAGUUAUGUCAAAAUGUAUCAUGGAACAUUCAGAUAUUAUUUUGUAAUAACAAUUUAUAACAUUAUUGUUUUUGUGUUGUACUGAUAUGAAAAUAUGAUAAAUAUUCAAGGUAAUAUCAGCCAUUAGAAAUUGCCAGCUUUUUGGAAUUCUGUAUCAAGGAUUCUCAACCAAAGUUAAGGAACUAGACCUAGAACAUUGUCAUUUCACAGAAAAACCACUGUUGCUCAGGAAUUUGAAUGUUGAACUCCAAAAUGCUUCUCAGGAAUGUUUUGUUUAUAGCUUGUGCCAAGGGAAGGCAAGAUGAAGCAAAUAAUUUGUUUCAGUGGAUUUGUGUGUGGAAUACAAACUUGGUCUUUGAAGUCCAUAUCGAAGUGAUCAAGAAAAUUCAGAGAUUUCCAUUGCAUUAUGCAAAUCCUAAAAAGAGUAUCUGAUACAAGCAAGAUUAACUGUGUUUACUCUUCUGCCCAUUUUUAAAUGAGUGAUAGAAACAGCCCCUUCAUUUUCCAGAAUGAAUCCAUGGGAGGCUGCUUUAUGGUAGUACUGUUGUUCAACAGACCUGAACCUGGUUAUUAUUUAAUCAGGGCUUAUCAUACUAAUCCCAUGUUUCUACCAGUCAAGUGAUGGGAUCAAGUUUAUGGCUAGAAGAAUAUGCAUUUAAGUUGGUCACAUAUAUCCCUCACAUCUUCAGAUUUUUUCAGGAAAAUAUUUGCAAGAUUUUAUAACUUUCCUGGAAAAGACUGAUAGGACAAGAUUCAUGAAAGACUGUGAUCAGAGGAAACCAUAAGAAAGAAGUGUUUGAUAUAAUAUGCUGAAAGGUUAAGAAAAGGUUGAGAAUAUAGAGCACAUUUUUUUUCCCUCUCCACUGAUUAUUAAUCAGUGGCAACAACUAGUAUUUUAUGGCUUAUAAGACACUGUAUCUUGGGAGGUGCAUCCUAAUUUCAGAAAGGAUGGGGGGAGAAAAACUGUUGGUCAAUAUAGUCAUUAUUUUCAUUAGAGUUCUCUUAAAGACAUUUAAGUGAUUGCAAAUCAAAAUAAUGCUAAAAUAUAAAAUGAACAUAGUCUGUCAUAUUGUGUUGAUAUAGAUACAUGAUGGCCAUUGUCAAGCGACAUGCACUGAGAAUGAUGGAUAGAGGUGAUUUGCCUUUGUCCCAAUGUAUGGUUAAGUGUAAACAUGAGCCGGUUUUGUGCACUCCUAAGACAGUUUUUUCUUUUAGGGCACAGUGGAUUUCUUUGGAGAUGUGAGGGAGGGCAGUGAGGACAGGUGAGGAAGACAAGAUGGAGUUGUAGCCAUAACUGUAUCCAGUAUAACACACAUUAAACACUCACAGGCCACCAUGCUUGCAGGAUGAGAAUUGAUAUGUUAUUCUAUCUGUACUCCUUGUUGACAUAAAACACCAACAACUUGGACAUAAGGAGAUAAUACAUGCUGGUUUUAGUUCAAUGGUCAUUUAAUACAUCUCCAAACUAUCAAACAUUCUGAGGUGAAGUUUAAGUUGGUGAGCACCAACAACGAAGAUAGUGAUAUACCAUUGCAAUUAAUUUAAUAAAUUUCAUGUAUUACUAGUAUGUAAUAAGGUAUUAUACCUUAAUAUGCUUUUUCACAGCAUGUUAACAAUAUUAGUUGAUUUGAAUGUCUCAUGCUAUAUAUUUGAAAUACCAGAUACAAGCAGGUAUAGUCAAACCUCGGUUUUCGCAUUAAAUUCAUUCCUGAAUGCCACUCAAAAUCUGAAUUUUUUGGAAAUAAAAAGUUAUUUUCCCCUUAUGAAUCAAUGUAAAAUGGAUUAAUCCAUUUCUGGACACCUGUCCACUCUGUCUUAGUGGCUUAUGACAGACACUCCCAGAGCCAAAAUUGCCACUCCACAUCAUCUCUAGCUCAGAAAUUAUUUAUUAUCAGAAAGGAUAUACUGAAUGAACUUAGUGAGAUGGAAUGUAUCAGAAGAUAAUGUUUAAACCGUGCAGGUAUUCUCUUUGUCAUCAAUCUAGUGAGGGAGGCCUUACAGAGUGCUUUGUCUUUUAGUAUUUGAAAUCAAGUAACUUUGUUUGAGAACCAAAUUAUGGUAUGGCAACCAAAGUAAUUACAAGUUCAAAAUUUUGUUCGAAAAGGGAAGUGUUCGGUAACCGAGGUUCCACUGUACUAUAUAAAGGCUGAACUGAAUAAGUACCUAACCUACAACAUAUAUCUUGGAAAGGACAUAGAUAUUUAAAGGUGUGCUUUAUAAGCCAUAAAAUACAGUAGUAUAGGCACCUCCACUGGGAUCCUCAGUUGAGUCAUUGGAAACUCAAACAUUUCAGUUUUACAAGCCUUUUUGUGCACUUAAAUUCCCUCCUUAUAGAGGUAGUUGCACACAAUGCAUACACCAGUGAGUUUAGGGUUGCAAGAAGUUUUGAUGUCACCAGUACAAAAAAAAUUCCUUAGUGGAGUGUGUUAGGAGGAAGUGGAGGAUGUGAGCAUGAAAAGAUACUGUUCGAACAUGAAGUUCUAUGACUACUAGCCAACCUUUCAGAAAGCUUCAGGAAAUGGACACAAGAGUAGACACAAGUAAAUAAAACAUUCAUAACAAUGUUUGUUUAUUCUUUGUUUUCUCUCAGAAAAUGAAAGUUCCAAACACUUCUAUAUUUUAUGGGGAUAUACAAUUCCCUCUUUUAUAUGAGUCUCAGUUAUGGACAUGGACAACUUGAAUGGGCAUUUCCUUAUAUGCAGAAAAAGAAGAAAAGACAGGCUGCAUCCAUCAUCUACCAUACAGAUAAUUGCCAGGCUGUGCUUCUGUUAUAAAUUAAUUAUUGUUAGCAGUGGUGCUUUACUGUUAAAUCAGUUAGUUCUCUAUUACCUACAUGUGUAUGUGGUAGUGCUAUUCACUCACUGUGUACCUACAGAAUAUUGAGAUAUGCUAGAUUACCAUACUAGUUGGUUAUUGUAUUAUGGAGGACAAGAAUAUUGAGAUGUGCUAGAUUACCAUACUAGUAGGUUAUUGUAUUGUGGAGAACAGAUAUGUUGGAAGAUGCACCAGUUGAUGUUUGCUACAAUUUUAAUAGCUGUAUAGUUUUCAGAAAAUGUGUACAGUUCUCCAAUUCUUGAAAAAUACUCAGCCAUGAAUAGGACAUAAUAUAUCUCUGUACCAUGAAAUAUUUAUAUAAUUGUCAACUACAUUACAUAUUAUAUGCAGGUCAAGAUUACAUAAUUAUCAUUAAGCAUACAUUCAGUUUCUAGUCUCUCUCUCUCUCUCUCUCUCUCUCUCUCUCUCUCUCUCUCUCUCUCUCUCUCUCUCUCUCUCUCUCUCUCUCUCUCUCUCUCUCUCUCUCUCUCUCUCUCUCUCUCUCUCUCUCUCUCUCUCUCUCUCUCUCUUUUACUCUAAUCAUUCUAGUCAUUUGUGCAUUACAGUGUUAUGAUAUAUAUAUCAACUUCAUCUACCUAAGGCAUCUUGUAAAGUUAUACAGUACAUCAUGUACCCAAGUACAUGGCACUUGAUACUCUUUAGCAGUGUAUAUUCUCAUUAACCCACAUGGUGCUGGCCAUUUAAACUGUGUCCACCUGUGGUGCCUGCCAAUUUUUAAUUUUUUUAAUGUGCUUGAAAAAUCCUAAACAAUGUAAAGAUAGUGGAGAAACGUGUAAAAAGUGGUUUAGCAAAGUGAAACAUUUUUGAAACCCACAUAAGUUCCUGGCGUGGGUGCGUGUAACUUAAUGAAUAGCGAUGGCAAUGGCGUUCGUGGUGCUAAUGAUUUGUGGCCACCACAAAUGUUCAUGAAUGAUGUUAUGUCACCUUGGUAAUGGUAAAUCACCACAAUGCCAAUGUACAUAUGAUUCGUGGGCUACUUGUAGCAAGUGAGGGAAUGAAGGUUGGCAUUAUAUCAUUCACCUCAUUCAUUGCAUGGUUAGUAGGGUAUUGCAAUUUGUAUGUGAAUGACUGUGUGAAACACUUUUUCUGUUGUUUUCAUAGACACUAUUUAUAAGCAGUAUUGAAUCAUUAAGUGUGAUAUUUUCUCAAGCAAGGCUCCAGGCACAUCCCUACAUCACACUCAUUACACUGCAAGUGAAUUUUUGAAAGUCUGGAAAACCAGUGAGAGCACAUAGUUGGCCUUACCAUUAUUUAUGAAUUUUGUUAUUUAAAAACUUUAUUAUAAGUGGUCCUUUUUGAUCAUGUAAUGAAUGGGCUCUUUUUAGAGCUUUGAUAUCACAUGAAUUAAUCCAAAUUAAGCAUUUGUACCUUUUAUUUCAAAUAUAACAGAAAUUUGUUUUGUUCUAGUCACUAUUUCAAAGAUAGCUGAGAUUUGUUUUGUUCUAGUCACUAUAACUGAUGUAAUGGUGUGAUUUUUUUUAUGGUGAAUGAUGUAAGUGAAUUUGUAUUUUUCUAUGUUCCAUAUACCAUUUGUGUUCUUACAUGUUUGUGCUGUUGCUGUUUUAUUUCAUGUUAUAUUUUGUUGGUCCAUGAUGAACACUGCCAUUUUAUUGCAGUGUAUUGCAGUGUACUGCUAUAGACAAACAGCCUCUGAGGAAACUCAGUCUUUUUGGCUUUUGAAAGAACCAACACACAAUUAUAACUCAUUUGAAUAAAAUCAAGGUCAGGUGUUCUGAUGUUUGGGCAGAACUCAUAUGUGUUGUAAGAAAUACAAAUUUUGUAAAGCUUUGCUUUACACACUGUAUAGACAUUGCUGUGCUUAAGUGAAUACUGUGUGGAUUCAUUGCAGUAUUAGUGUUCAUAAGUAUUAACAAAAAACUAUUCCUUUUUUUCAAUUAUUGUUUUUUUAAAGUUAGGCUUCUGCAUUAUCUGUCAUAGUGAACCUCAAGUUAUAAGUACACCUCACUUGUUCUUUAUGAAUGGGUUAUGUUUCUGAAAAUCCAAUCAUAUUAUGAUCCAUUGUAUACUGAGCUGAAAGUUAAAUGGGGAAAAAAGGAGAUGCAUUUCUAGAUCUGUCACUUUUGUGCUCAAACACUAAAAAAAAUACAAAAUACAAAACUAAAAAUUGGGGCAAACAGAGUCCAUCACCCUCACAACAGUUGAAGCCUCAGCCUCAUGUCAGAUUUAGGAUUUUUUUUUUUUUUUUUUUUUUUUUUUUUUUUUUUUUUUUUUUACUUUUUGGCUACUUUUUACAAGCACAUGAUGAUGCAGGAUGUUUAGCAGACAUGGUUGCACACUUAGUUAAGGCUUGGCACAAUUAACAAGGGUAAAUAAAGCAUGAUCACUUAAGUGUACAUAAACACAAGGCUUGAUGAACAGUGUGAGAGCACAAGAAGAACUGAAGUAGUAGUGUGGAGUCUCUCUGGUUGGCAUUGCUGCAAACAGUGAUUGCAAAGCAUCACACAGCAAGCCAAGGGGUGCUAAUGAAAGGCAAUUUUAUGAAUGAAAUAUCAUAUAGCGGGGAUGAGGUGUAUGCCAUUUUGGUAAAUAUUGUUAGAUGCAGUAGAGAAUGAAGAACUCAAAUAUUUUUAGAAAUGAUCAUUAAAAUAAGAAUAGAGAAAUUGUAAGUUUUAUAAUACAUUUAACAGAUUACCACAGUUUGCAAUAGCUGUGGAAUAUUAAAAAUUAACAAUUGGUUUAACCCUUUCAAGAAAAGUCUGAACACAAUCGUGCAAUCAGAUUUAUCAUUGUGUCAUGCAGGCAAAAAUGUGGAUUUAUUUAGAAAUCAUUCAAACACAUCCAUCUUGUGCACCACUGAGGGCUGGAGUUCACAAGGAAGGUGCACAUAAGAUAAUGUGAAAUUCUUCAUAAAUUGUUCCAUUAUUUCGUUAUAUGACACUUCAAUAAAAUAUGUUGACACCAUUGUGUUCAGAAGAUUUUUCUUUACAUUAAAGUUGUUAAUUUUUUAUAUUCCAUGGCUAUUGCAAACUGUGGUCAUUAGUUAAAUGUGUUAUUACAGAACAAUUCUUCAUCUUACAUUUUCUUGAUUCUUGUUUUAUUGAUCACUUCUAUAAAGAUAAAAUCUUAAUAUUCAUUUCACAACCACUGUAAAGGAGAGGGUGUAAGAGCACAAAAGAACUAAGAGGCAGCAUGAGAAUGUGUGGCCUGUACUAGAAUAAGACAAGAAAGAAUAUCAAAUGGCAGGAAAUAAUUAAAAGCCCACUAAGAACAGCAGAAACAGCAGCAGCACAAUUGAGUGUCUGUUGGAGGAAUGAAUGCAUCCAUUCCUUUAUCUCCUAUCUAGCAGCUCCCAUCACACCAAUUCCAUGAAAUUUCACUUCCCUCAGCACUUGUUAACUUCCAGUGCAGUAUUAGACCAUUUCAGCCUCUUGGAGGAAGCACACACACACAUAUAUAUACAGUCAGCAUCAUACUGAUUAGAACGCUCACUGACAUGAGCAUCACUAUGCAGUCAAAAACAUACGAGGGGCUAACCUAAGUUGCCAUGUAGUCAUUUUCUUCUAGCUGAUUUUUUCGAACCAAAGAGGAGUAAGUUGCCAGUUUGUGCAGUGUGAUGCUCACAUCAGUGGGCAUUCAAAUCAUAUAUGAAUGUGUGUGUGUGCUUCCUCCAAGAGGCUGAAAUGGUCUAAUACUGCACUAGAAGUUAACAAGUGCUGAGGGAAGUGAAAUUUCAUGGAAUUGGUGAAAUGGGAGCUGCUAGAUAGGAGAUAAAGGAAUGGACGCAUUCAUUCCUCCAACAGACACUCAAUUGUGCUGCUGCUGUUUCUGCUGUUUUUAGAGGACUUUUAAUUAUUUCCUACCAUUUGAUAUUCUUGUCUUAUUCUAGUACAGGCCACACAUUCUCAUGCUGCUUAUUAUUAGGUCUUUUAUACUCUUAUACCUGUCCCUCUACCCCUAAUAUUUUCUCCCACACAUUUAUUUAAGGCUACCCUUAGUUAAAAUUAUCUGUGAAAAUUAUAUCACUAUUAUUAUUAUUAUUAUUAUUAUUAUGCAUGUAGGUGUGUGAUGUGCUGUGUGGCACAUAAUGUCUUUGCACCAUUGCCUUGGCUCAAGUAGUUCCGUAGCACUGUAGAUGCCUUGGCUUAGGCUUAGCUACUUCAGAGAGAUAUCUGAAGUGAAAAUACUAUUUGUUAAAGGAACAUCAUGCAUUAUACAAAUUAUAUUCAUACAUAAUGCAAGAGAAUUUGUCACAUAUAUAUAUGUGUGUGUAUAAAACAUGUUUGUGAGGUGAGUGAUGUUAAGGAGGUUGUUUUUUUUUUUGUUUGAGAUGUUUGUGUAUUAUGAAUGGUGCUUUGAUAUUUGCUGGAGUUGAGUAAAGAAUGUUGUUUCUGUAAAUGUCUCCAGCUUCCUGGACACUGGUGCACACUCCCUCUCAAUACCAGACCUUCAUCAUUGGUGCUGAAUCUUGCUCUACAACUCACUUCUGAACCGUCCAAGAACUGCCUUCAUGGAAUCUAUUUUUCUACUUCUAUCUAUAGAUCUAAUGCUUUACCAAAGUCCAAUAUAUAUAAUAUGAAGGCAACAUAA